AGCGCCAAGGUGCAAGCGAAACCAUACGCAUGUACUUGGCCUGGCUGCAAUAAUGCCUAUGCUCGCAGCGAGCACCUCAAUAGACAUCGUCUCAACCGUAAGCCUCCCUUCUGCGUAUGUUGACUUUGCUGACCCUCACAGAUGAGCCAAUCAAGAUCUUCACAUGUGAUCAAUGUCCGAAGACCUUUGUCAGAAGCGACUUGCUCUACCGCCACAAGGACAGGCACGUCCGUAAGCAAAACAAGCUUGGUGCUACCGCAUCAAAAGAUGCAUCCGACAAGCCGAUCAGUCGACGUGCGAGUGCUGGCGGUGCAGUCCGUUCAAAUACCUUCAAGACUAUUCGACCAGCGAGAUCUGAGAGCACCAGCAGCAGAGACGACUCUUUCCUUGCAUCGUCACCGCAAAGUCAACCUGCACAGAGCCCGCCAUCAGCCGUCACCAUCCCACAAGCGAGUGGGCUGCUACAAUCGCCCUUUGGGAGACUCUUUUCUGAUGCCUCUUCACACAGUCACGGGCAUAGCCAUUCAUUGCCGUUGCCCCUUCCGAGCUUUUCACUCAGCACCGCAGCAUGUCUUGCUGCACAUCAGUCGUCCGAAUAUACCAGCCAGGAACGAUACCGGUACUUGCCCGGCAUCGGACAAGCCCGAUCGACCGGGACGCGCUCGCCUCCUCCAGCUGCACCUUCUUCCACAACAUCACUCACAUCCUCAGAAAGCGCAAUGGAUUCACCACGCAUGCCCUCUUCGUCAUUCACACGAGAGAUCAGCUUAUUGAAUCAUCCAUUGACGAAUGACUCGAUGCGAUUUGGAGGACCGGGCGCGUUUCUGCCGCCGAUCCGGGACCUUGCACCGUUGCAGGGACUCUCGAAGCCUGCUUAUGAGCCACGCAUGUCGUUCUCGAUGGAGGGCAUGCUCAAUAGCGGUGUUUCAUCGCAUUUGAUGAGCGACUUGCGCAGAUUCAAGCAGGAUAGCAUAGCGAACGUGUAGUUAUUGAAUUCAGCUCUAGCAUCUAUAUGAGCAUCGUCUCUUUACCCAAACACUGUGAAAAGUACAGCUGGAGAGUUGUAGCCAGCAGUGAAGUCGUCCAGGGUUAGAUUCCUGCAACUGCAAAAUCA